AUUCAAUCAAUAUUUCUGUAUUUUUUUCUUAAAGUGGGCUCACUUCACUGCUAUGGGCUCUAUGAUUUACUGAAGAUCCUGCCUGAAGCUGAGCCGAGCCAACAUGGUGUGUCUGACUGUGGAUCUUAUAGCUAAAAAACAAUUCAAAAAGAGAAGCGGCAUCUCCGUAAAACACUAUCUGAAGACACUCACCCAUCUCUACUUUUCCAACAAGAACAUCGAAGAGAUUGGAGAUCUGUCCAUAUGCAGGAACCUCACUGUUCUUUACCUGUAUGACAAUCAGCUGACAAACAUUUGCAGUCUGAACUUUGCCUCCAACCUCACCCACCUAUAUCUGCAGAACAACAACAUCACUCAUAUGGAUAAUCUUUCUAAUCUGCAGAGACUCUCCAAACUGUAUCUAGGUGGGAACAGAAUUGCAGUGGUGGAGGGUUUGGAGGAGCUCCACGGGCUCAGAGAGCUUCACCUGGAAAAUCAAAAGCUGGAGCAAGGGGAGCAGUUGCUCUUUGACUCCAGGACCCUCCUCGCCCUUUCUGAAUCUCUAUGUGUGCUGAAUAUUAACAACAACAACAUUGAGGACAUCAGAGAGCUGUCGGUGCUGAAGGAACUCCAACAUUUUUCUGCUGCUAUGAACAAACUGCUUAACAUUACGGAGCUGGAGGCUGUGCUGGAGCUGUGGCCUCAGCUGCUCACACUGGAUUUAACUGGAAAUCCUGUGUGCAAAAAACAAAAGUACAGAGAUCGCCUUAUAACCGUGUGCAAAAGUCUUGAGACCCUUGACGGUCGAGACAUUAAUGAGCUAACCAGGCAGUUCCUUAUUAACUGGAAAGCAUCAAAAGAAGCCAACAGGAGAAGAACCAAUAAUCAGAUAUUGGCUCGGACCAGAGAUCCCACUAAUGUGGGUCAGGGUACACAUCCUGGUCAUCUCUACCGGCCUGCUAACGCGCCGGGCUGGCAGCCACAGCAGCCUCCUUGCUCCGGUAUACAGAUUCAUCAAACUCAGCGUUUAACUCUGUUCUCUUAAUGUAUUAAUUAUUAUUAU